CUUCCGUCGCGGGCGGCGGGCGGGCGAUGGCGGCGCAGUUCCGCAGCUACGUGUGGGACCCCGCGCUGAUCGUGGCGCAGAUGGUGCUGCUGCAGGCGGGAUACUACAGCUCCCUCGGGCUCUGGCUCGCCCUCCUCGGCACCCUGGGCAGCACCGGGCCCUCCCUCCAACAGGUGUUCAGCGACGAGAUUUUAGGCUUCUCAACCCCGCCGGGGAGGCUCUCCAUGAUGGCUUUCAUCCUCAAUGCACUCACUUGCGCUCUGGGCUUGCUGUACUUCAUCCGCCGAGGGAAGCAGUGCCUGGAUUUCACCGUCACCGUUCACUUCUUCCACCUCCUGGGCUGCUGGGCCUACAACUCGCGCUUCCCCUCGACGCUGACGUGGUGGCUGGUGCACAUCGUGUGCACGGCGCUGAUGGCGGCCAUCGGGGAGUACCUGUGCAUGAGGAUCGAGCUCCGGGAGAUCCCCCUCAACUCCGCCCCCAAAUCCAACGUAUAGACUGCCUCUGGCAACAACAUGCUGCGUUUGCUCGUUGUUCCCAGCACAAUGCAUCCAAUAAUCAUCCCUGAAGAAGCACAGCAGGUCUGUUUAGACUUUAUGAAUUUUUUUUUUUUUUUUUUUUUGGACCUCGGUGACUGCAUGAGAGUGAGCGUCUCCUCUGGCAUCGGCUGACAGCGGGGGAGGAGCAGAUAGCAGAUGUUUAUUUUGUUAACACAAAGUAUUAAUAUGACUGUAUGGAGAGUGUGCCCUUAAACUCUUCACUCAUGAGACUGUUAAAGGCCAGGUAGCAAAACUCGGUGCGUGAGGAGCAUUUGGAAUUUAACGAUGUGGGAGUGCCUGAAUGGGUAACACAAUGGUCAGCUCUUCUUGCUGGAGCUGGCACGGUGAGCAGUGGGGCUGGGAGCUGCUGCUUCCAAUCUGUGACUUCUUUGGGCUUUGCUUGGGAAAGAGUCAAGGAAGUGAAUGGAUGGGGAGAAAGACAAUAGUUGUACUUACCUGAAUCACCAGCUGAGACACUAAAUAAUAACCUGUAAUGUUAGAUGGGUUUGUUUGCUGUUUCCAUGUUUGAUACAUAGAGGUGACAGACAGCAGUUUGCUGAAGAAAUCUUUUGUAAUAAUAAAAAUAUAAUGUUGCUGUGAGUGUUACGGCUCUCCUGGGAAGCUGAGCACUUCAAGAAAUACCACGAGUGUCUGUAUCAUGGCAACAGAAGGAUGCAGCCAGAGAACACUUGGCUGUGAGGUGCCCACUGUCUGGGGCACAUAAAAUUUCCUACAAUAAACAUUUCAUACCUCUGCUCUGAAA